AUGACAACUAAUACUCGAAAUGUACCAUUGAAAAGAGCUAUCGCUAUUGUAUUUGAAAAUCGUGAAACCACUGGCGAUGAUUUAAUUGGCAAAGAAUGUGUACCACUAGAAAUGUCAAGCAUAAGAGAAUAUGACCCAUUCUUAAUCUCUGGUUCUAUGGUAAUCAAAGGUUUUGGUACUAUGUUAGUCACAGCCGUUGGUGAAAUUAUAAUAAUUUCAUUCAAUAGUAAACAAGUUAGCCAAAAUCAACAAAAAUGUUAA